CAGCAGCAGCAGCAGCAGCAGCAGCAGCAGCAGCAGCAGCAGCAGCAGCAGCAGCAGCAGCAGCAGCAGCAGCAGCAGUGGUACCGACACAACGUCCGAAUCAUGGUAUCCGUCCCAGGACUCGACAACGAGUCCCCAUUAUAUAGCUACGGUUUAUCUCAGAAUAGCAACAACAACGUCUGUCUCAUUCUCUGCAAUAACUGUGCAGCAGUACCGCAGUCGAACGGUACACAGCUAUUCGAACCAGAAAACUUCCUCACGGUUGUGGCCUCUGCCACGCGCAAUAGGAGAACCUGGCAUGAACAAUGA